AUGUGUAUUACAGUUUUAGGUUGCCAGCUUAAUGGUGGACAUAUUGAUUUAUUAGAAUACGUUUUCAAAUACGUUCAAUUUAAAUAUCUAAAUUUGGAGAAUACUAAUCUUGAUGAUGAGUCUGUUGAAUCGUUAUAUGAAAUUCUGAGUUAUUAUGAAACAUGCACAGAAUUGUGUUUGGCUCGUAAUCCUCAUGUUACAUCUACCGGUUGGAUUCCUGUUGCUUUUCUAUUUCGAGAAAUACCCAAUAUGAAAUGGCUUGAUUUAAGAGAGAAUAACUUGGGCCCAACUUUUAUACAAAUAUUAUCAUUAGCUCUACGUAUGCCACAGAAAGAAGUCAAACCGAAACAGUUUGAAAAAGAAAGUUUUGAUAAAAAUAAUUGUUUGAUCUUAACAAAGUUAUAUGAUAAUUUUAAAGUUUAUGAAUCUAUGUCGACUUCAGGAUUGGAUUUGAGUUCGUCAAAAACUCCAUCUUCUCAUUCACGUGGUUUACAUUUUGGUUGUACAGGUAUUAACGGAAAUUUACUACGUAUUCUGAUCCCGGGAAUUCGUUUGGGCUGCAUUACUGAUCUUCGAUUACCCAAUAAUGGAAUUACUGGAUCUGAUGCAAAAUACUUAGUACCACUGUUACGUUAUGGUUUUCACUUGAAAUAUUUGGAUCUGAGCAGAAAUCAACUUGGGGAUUUAGGUUGUUCAACGAUAUCAGAUGCAUUAGCUUCACCUUGUUUUUCAUCUGAUCCCCUGAAUCCAGAUGAAAAUUAUGGUGGAUUAAUCCGACUAUUUCUAUCAGAAAAUAUGAUAACUGGAUCAAGUAUGAAUAAAUUAGCAACUGGAUUAUUACACUGUACACGUUUAACAACGUUACAAUUAUCAGGCAAUUUAAAUAUUGGCACAAACGGUUUAUUUGAUUUGAAAUCAAGUCUUAUCAGUUGUUCAUGUUUAAAACGUUUGGGUAUUGCAUUUUGUGGUAUUGAUCAUAACGGCGCAGUAUGUAUAACACAGAUAUUAUCAAGAACAACGUCUCGUUUCAACACGAUCGAUCUAACUGGUAAUCCUAUCGGCUUGGAAGGUUGUUUAACGUUAUUACAUUGUCCAGCUUAUUUGAAUGAAAAAGUUAAACUAACUGGUUUAGAAGUUCAACCAUCAUCGUUAAUGAAAUAUGCAAGGCAAUCAUCCGAAAAAGAAAAUAAUAGUAUUAUAAAUCAGAGUAAUGAAAAUUCACAAGUUCAAAAUGAUCAACUUUAUACAAAUCAAGAUUAUCAACGACUUCGAAAUCACAAUCGAAAACAUUCUCAUAUUAGUUCAUCGAAACAUUCGAAUUAUGUGAAAACUAAAUUCUCAUCUUUACCUACAAUUGAUUACAGUUAUAAACCAUAUUCAGAACUUGAUCCAAAAUAUUUAUGGGGUGAUAGUUCUGAUGAUGAUGAUCAUAGAAUGAAUGAUACUAACAAUGAUAAUGUAUCUGUAAUUAGAAAAACAAAUAAAAAUUACCUUUCAGAACAAAAUUAUAGACAACGAAAUCAAAAUGAAUGGACAAAACUCCAAACUACUUGAUUGAACUGUAUACAUAUGCCUUCUGAGAAAUAAAUAUCAUGUGAAAUAAUUACUCUCACUGUUUUAAAUGCUAACUCAACUGUAAUAUCUAUACAAAUGUAUCAUAAACACUUCAAUAAUGUAAACUACACAACUACUACAUUGUACGUACAUCAUCAC